AUGGGACUCGGUUUUAGUUGUCUCGGCGCCGGGGCAGCUUCGUGGGUUGUCUCAGCAGUUGUUUCUUGCUUUUCUGCUGCAGCGUGUAACCUAGCUUGUAAAUCAUGUAAUUGUAAUAAUUCAAUAGCAACCAGGAUAGGAUUUGCAAUCAUACUACUAUUGAAUUCUAUGCUUGCAUGGAUAAUGUUAUCAGAUUGGGCUAUAAAGCAGCUAGAGAAGAUAACGUAUGAUUAUUUACAUCUGAAUUGUCAAGAUGGAACAUGUUAUGGAGUCUUUGCUGUUCACCGUAUUUGCUUUGCAUUAUCAUUUCUUCAUCUUCUUUUGGGACUUUUGGUAAUUGGAGUAAAGGAUACACGUGAUAGUAGAGCUGCGAUCCAGAAUGGCUGGUGGGGACCCAAAAUAUUGAUGUGGAUUAUUCUUAUAAUAGCAUCAUUUUUCAUUCCAAAUCAAUUUUUCAUGUUCUGGGGCAAUUAUAUUGCCUUGAUCGGGGCAACUUUAUUUAUUCUAGUUGGUUUAGUACUUUUAGUUGAUUUUGCUCACACAUGGAGUGAAUCUUGCAUAAUGAAAUGGGAGGAGUCUGAUAGUGACAAAUGGAAAUAUAUUCUUAUCUGUUCUACAAUGACCAUGUUUUUGGCUUCAAUUGUGCUUACAGGAAUAAUGUAUGGCUUUUUUGGUGGAUCCGGAUGUGGCCUGAACCAGUUUUUUAUCACCUUUAACCUUAUAUUGUGUAUAAUUGUGACAUUUUUGAGUAUUGCUCCUUCUGUACAAGAAGUUAAUUCACACUCGGGAUUAUCACAAGCUUCGAUGGUGGUUAUUUACUGUACAUAUAUUAUUUUAAGCGCAGUUGCCAAUGAACCUGAUGAUAAUAUGUGCAAUCCAUGGAUAAGAAGUCGUAAUACACGUACGGCUACUAUCGUUAUUGGAGCUUUAUUCACAUUCUUGGCGAUUGCAUAUUCAACCUCAAGGGCGGCAACUCAAAGUUUCCAAUCACAAACAAAUUAUGACGCUGUCGAGAGCGGCAUAAUGCCAGCUUCAGCUGUGGAUGAUGACGAUGAACAUGGCCUUGAUGAUGAAAAGAAUGGAGUUGCAUAUAAUUACGGAUUCUUUCACCUCAUAUUCGCAAUCGCUUCCAUGUAUGUCGCGAUGCUUUUAACGAAUUGGAAUCACGUAACGACCACUGGAUCCGAUGAACUCGUUAUCAUUGGGCAAACUUAUGUCGCUGUAUGGGUAAAAGUUGUUUCCGGUUGGAUUUGUUUAUUAUUAUAUGCGUGGACACUUAUUGGACCAGUUCUUAUGCCAGAAAGAUUUGAGAUGGGAAUGGAAAAACAACCAAACCUGUCAAAUUAUACGAAAAAGCAGAUGCGUAAAUUACGCUUUUUUCCUUUAUUGGUUGUGGUAUUCGUAAUAUCUUUUUUCACGAUAUCGCAUUAUAAUCACUCGAGUGAUAAUGAAGAAUUUCCAUUUAACGAUAAAUUUGGGGGAAAUGUACAGGAUAUGAAAUGCCCACAAUAUAAAAUCAUGCUGCUUAUUUAUUCGGAAGCGGAAGAUAUUGAUAAACGUGCGUUAAUGAGAGAAGGGUUAUUCGAACAAAUGGAAUAUGAUGAUAUUGGAGAAAUUGAAGUUUUGAAGGGUGAUUGGCAACUAUCCGCGCUUAAAUACUCACAAUUAUUAAAACAAACGUGCAUGUCAUUCGAUCAUUUAGUGUUGACUGAAGUUUACACGAUGAUAAAUCUUGAAAAACUUCAAAAGAAAAUCUCCUCAUCAAAAAUAGCCGACCAAAGGAUUUCAAGUACACAAAAGCUUGUAUGGGGUUCGUUCAACUCCAACAUAACGGAUAGGAUGGCUGUAAUAAUGGGAUCUUCAGCAGUACAAACUAUCUUGGAUAAUUCGGAAUACGAAUCAACAAAUGAUACUAGCGUUAUCACCAGAUUUUAUCAUUAUCAUUACAAUCAUAAAACCAAGAAAAUUCCUAAUGAUUUGAUUUUAGCAAAUGAUCAAAUGGGUAUAAUAGAAUGGCCAAAUUCGAUCAAUAGCAUACCUUGCAUAGAUUGUGCAAUAGCCAUAGGUCACAUCUAUCAGGAGUGGGAAUUUAGGAAGAUUAAGAAUGAACUGAACAUUUCAACAAUAAAUCCUUGCAAUGUACGAUCUGACCUUAAAAGAUAUUCAAAGGGGACGAUGAGUAAAUUAAGAUCAAAGAUCGUUGUGGCGACGAGUAGCUUUUUAUAUCAUGAUAAUUGUAUGUUGGAAGCCGCUUCUCUUUCCGCGCAAAAUAAACGUGAAUACGCCGAGAAGCAUGGGUAUGCUUUCGUGCCUCGUUCGAGCGAAUAUGCUCAACAAAAUUAUCGAAGAAGAAGAGAAGUUUGGGGCAAAAUCGACGCCGUAGAGAAGAUUUUGCCUUAUUAUGAAUGGUUAAUUUGGUUAGACAUGGACGCUAUCUUUACCAAUAGAAAUCUAUCAGUUGAACAUUUGUUGGAGAUGUGUGAGGAAAGGGUUGGUGGGAAAGAAGCAUUUGAUAAAAUCAAUUUCAUUGUGGCUAGACCCGUUGGAGAUGACAUGAUAAACGCUGGUGUUUUCUUGAUUAGAAAUACCGAAUGGGCGGUAGAUUUCAUCAGAGAAGGUAUACAAGCUAGGAGGGAUCGUGCAUAUCGGGGUAUGAAAGAACAACAAGCCAUGCGUGACGCAAUUAAACAACCAAAAUGGCAACCAAAUGUGUUGUAUUUAGAUGGGGAUGAUCAUACUAUAAAUACGUUUCCUGAUAGAUACAUUAUGGGUGAUUACAUUGUACAUUAUGCCCCUGAAGAGGGGUGCCCUGCCAAUCCUGUAAUUAACGGCAUAACAAAAGUUAGAAUGAUGGAGCAGAACCCUGACAUUGAAAUCUCAAUACCGUUCUGA